AUGGCCGCGGGGCUAUUCCACGGGGCGGCGGCGUGGGAGCUGAGCCCCGCCGCGAGUCCCCGGCGGCGCCGCUGGGCCGGGCGCGAGGCCGAGGAGGAUGAGGGCGAAGCCGUGCUGGUGCUCAGCCACUUCGCCCGGCCGCCGUUCCUCAGCUUCGGCAGCCUGCGCGUCGGCGCCUCCCGCACUCGACUGCUGGGCAUCGACAACCCUAACGCGGAGGACGCCGAGGUGGCCGUCGAUCGCUUCCCAGCUGCCGCCAGGGGCUUCAGCCUCGAGCAUGGCCGCUUUUCCGUAGAGUCAGGAAAAAGAAUCUUUGUUCCUAUAACAUGGACACCAUUAGAAGAAGGAAAAGUUAGAGAACUGGUAACUUUUGUUAUUAAUGGCAUUGUGAAACAUCAAGCUGUGCUCCUGGGUGUUGCUGAGCAGCCUGUGAAGAAAAAGAAGAGUCUUUGGGAUAACAUAAAAAGGAAAAACACUUCGGAAACAGCUGUUUCAACAAGAGUUAGGAAAAGAAAUUCAAAGGUCAAAAAUGUUAAUAAAACCUUUCAAGUUUCACAGAGGGUGAAUAGACUUAGAAGCCCACUUCAAUCAUGUGAAAAUCAGAAUACACUGCAAAGUAGCAUAUCCCCAAGAAAUGACUCCUUUGUUGGCCUAGAAAAUAAGCUGCCUAUAUCUCCUAUUGCACCUAUGCUAGAGGAACAUCAUGAUGCUGUUUGUACACCAAUUUCAAUGAGAAGAUCUACUACGUUCUCAGACAUUGCUGCAGCUGUAAAUGAGGAGUUAUUACCUGAAGUAGACAGCUGUAACAUCAAGAAAUUUCUUGAUCACCGUAAAGAAUUAAAGUCUGAAAGUGCAUACAGUUCUUCCACUGGAUUAGUACAACUGCCAAUUUCAAAUAAUGAAGUAAUGAAUUGUACACUUUCACCAGUUUGCACUCCUGAACAUUCAGAGUCUGCAUCCGUUUUAAGCAUGAGGAAAAUUUUAAGUCCAGAUUCCUUUAUAAAAGACAGUUACCAAGUUAGCGUAGAUACUGCAAUGGAGCAGCCUGUUCCAAUUCUGUCACCCGAUCAGUUUGUGAAAGACACCUUGUCAGAUGUGCAGUCACAGACUCCCAAACUUGAGGCAGCAUCAAUAUCUUCUACUACAGAGGCUUAUAUCACAAAGAAAUAUCUGCCUUUGAAAUGGGCAAAAAAUGGAGACAUACAGACAAGAGUACGUAUCUGUACAGGGCACAAGUUAAAUGACGCCUUUGAGACACAUAAUGAAGAAUCACAGGUACUUCAUUAUGACAAACCCAAACAAAGUGAUUUCAGAUUUCCUUCUACAGGGGAACUUCAAACCUGCAAUUGUUCUCAGAGACAGCAACCAAAAAAACGUCCAGUCCUUUCUGCUACUGUCAUUAAAAAUAAGCCUGAUGCUGUUGAAAGAAAAGGAACAGAAAUUUUCCAGCCAAAAUCUAGAAAAUGCCUCAACAGUGCAGUAAUGGAAUGUGCUAACAUGGUUCCUGUAUGUACAAAGGCAGAAAUAUCUAGACAUCUUCCAGUUAUAGGUUUUAUUUCAGCUGAAAAUAAAUGUCACAAUGAUAAAGUAAAUUCAUCUCCUGCUGGAUCAACUUCAUCCCGUCGUAAGAGGAAAAGUGAAGUGUAUCUGGAAAAUGCUAGGAUUACAGUUUCAGCAUACGUGGAAGAAGUUGAAACAAAAAGAACUCUUAUGUCUAGUGUGGCCAAUAAAACACAUACUGCUAUUAGACCAGGAGCACUCAAACGUACAAGCCAAGAGAAAGUAGCACAGAGAAAGCAAGCGGGUUCUUCUCUUCAGAAAGCAUCUAAAAAUAUCAACAGAACUAGUAAACUUAUUGCUGGAUUGGCUCAGUCUCACCUGACAUUUGUGAAACCUUUGAAAACAGUUAUUCCUAGACAUCCAAUGCCUUUUGCUGCUAAAAAUAUGUUUUAUGAUGAACGCUGGAAGGAGAAGCAACAACGAGGUUUCACCUGGUGGUUAAAUUUUAUACUUACUCCUGAUGACUUCAGUGUAAAAACAAACACCUCACAAGUAAAUGCAGCUGCUCUUAUCUUGGGAGUAGAGAACCAUCAUAAAACCAGUGUUCCUAAGGCACCAACAAAAGAUGAAGUAUCUCUAAAGGCUUAUACCGCUCAGCGUAGGCUGAAUAAGUUACGACGUGCAGCUUGCCGUUUGUUUACCUCUGAAACAAUGGUCAAAGCUAUUAAGAAGCUGGAAGUUGAGAUUGAAAGUAGACGUUUGCUGGUUCGUAAAGACAGACAUCUAUGGAAAGAUGUAGGAGAAAGACAGAAAGUCCUUAACUGGCUUCUAUCUUACAACCCUUUGUGGCUGCGUAUAGGUCUGGAGACUGUUUAUGGAGAACUGAUAUCUUUGGAGAGUAAUAGUGAUGUUAUGGGUUUAGCAAUGUUUAUUCUUAAUCGCGUGCUUUGGAACCCGGACAUUGCUGCAGAAUACAGACAUCCCACUGUGCCUCACCUUUACCGAGAAGGCCACGAAGAAGCCUUAUCAAAAUUCACACUGAAAAAAUUGCUGCUGUUAGUUUGCUUUCUGGAUUGUGCCAAAAAGUCUAGAAUCAUUGAUCAUGACCCCUGCCUGUUCUGCAAGGAUGCAGAGUUCAAGAGUAGCAAAGACGUUCUGCUGGCAUUUUCUCGAGACUUCCUGAGUGGUGAAGGUGACCUUUCCCGACAUCUCAGUUUCCUGGGACUACCUGUCAGUCAUAUUCAGACUCCACUUGAUGAAUUUGAUUUUGCUGUAACAAAUUUGGCUGUGGACUUACAAUGUGGCAUUCGUCUUGUGAGAACAAUGGAACUUCUCACGCAAAACUGGAAUCUUUCAAAACAUCUGAGAGUUCCUGCAAUAAGUCGUCUUCAAAAGAUGCAUAAUGUUGAUAUUGUUCUUAAUAUGCUUAAAGAGCAAGGAAUUCAAUUAAAAGAUGAAAGCGGUGCUUCAAUUGAUUCCAGGGAUAUUGUGGACAGACAUAGAGAACGAACUUUAGCACUGUUGUGGAAAAUUGUCUUUGCUUUCCAGGUGGAUGUUUAUCUUAAUGUAGAACAAUUAAGAGAAGAAAUCGAGUUUCUAAAGAAUGCACACAGAAUAAAAACCAAAUUAGAUGCUCUUAAGUCUUUUUCAAAUCACAGUCGAAGGCAAGACGAUAACAAUAGUAACACCUCGUUUCAAAGUUACGGUGAAAAUGUGGAGCUGUUGAUGGCUUGGGUCAAUGCUGUUUGUGGAUUUUACAAUAUCAAGGUGGAAAAUUUCACAGUGUGUUUCUCAGAUGGCAGAGUUUUGUGUCAUUUGAUUCAUCACUAUCAUCCCUGCUAUAUACCUUUGGAAUCUGUGUGUCAACGUACAACUCAAACAGUAGAAUGCUCAAGAACUCAUAUGGUGGAACUAAACUCUUCCUCCUCCUCCUCGUCAGAGUCUGAUACUUCUCUAAAUGUUAUGGAAGGAAUGUUUGGCCAAGCUGCUAUGCCAGGCCUAUACAAGGAACUGUUGGACAAUGAAAGGAAAAACUUUCAGCUGAUCAAUGCUGCAGUUUCUGACCUAGGUGGAAUACCUGCAAUGGUUCAUCACUCAGACAUGUCAAAUACAAUUCCUGAUGAGAAGGUUGUUAUUACCUACCUGUCGUUUCUGUGUUCGCGGCUUCUAGAUCUUCGGCAAGAAACCCGAGCUGCUCGAUUAAUUCAGUCUGCUUGGAGGAAGUACAGGCUGAAAAAGGAACUGAAACUAUCUCAGGAAAGAGACAGAGCUGCUCGGAUAAUUCAAAAAUUUGCAGUCAAGUUCUUGACUCAUCGACGCAUCCUUAAAAAAGAGAAUGCAGUAGUAUUCAUCCAGAAGUACUGGAGAAGAUACUUAGCCAGGAUGAAGUUUUUAAAUCUAAAAAAGGCAGAACUGGAGGAAGCCAGAAGUAAAUCUGCCACAGUCAUUCAGGCUUAUUGGAGGAGGUACUCUGCUAGGAAGAGAUAUUUACAGCUGAGAUACUAUGCUAUCUUUGUACAAGCAAGGAUAAGGAUGGUGAUGUCCGUUACUUCGUAUAAACGAAUUGUUUGGGCUGCUAUUACAAUUCAGAGCCAUCUGCGUGCAUCUAAGUUGAUGAAAGAAGAUCAGCGAAGAUAUGAACUCUUAAAGUCUUCAACGCUUACUAUUCAGUCUGCAUUCAGAAGAUGGAGAAGGCACAAAAUUCAACAGAAAAUUAAAGCUACAUUAGUAUUGCAGGCUUGUUUCCGAAAAUGGCAAUCUUCAAAACUGGCUAAAAGAAAGAGAGCUGCCCUUGUUAUACAGUCUUGGUAUAGGAUGCACAAAGAUUUGAAGCAGUAUUUUCAUGUUAAACAAAGUGUUAUCAAGAUUCAGGCUUGGUACAGGUGCCAACUAGCAAGACGUAUUUACCUGGAAUAUAGGACAAAAAUAGUGAGAAUUCAGCAGUAUUACAGAGCUUAUAGGUCAGGAAAAAAUGAAAGAGAAAACUAUUUGCAAAAACGUGUGGCAAUAAUAGUUCUCCAAGCUGCGUUUAGAGGCAUGAAAGCACGUACACAAUACAGGCAAACAAAAGCAGCUUGCAUUAUUCAGUCAUUAUGGAGAAUGAAACAAGAGAAACUAAGAUUUCUACACAUCAAACAAUCUGUUAUUACAUUGCAAUCACAUGUAAGAAAAUACCAACAAGUAAAGAGAUACAAAGAGAUUAAAAAUGCUGUUUCUGUAAUUCAAGGUCGCUAUAGGACGUAUGUCACUUCUAGAAAAGCAGCUUCCUCCUUCCAGAGGAUACGUCUUGCUGCUAUUGUCCUGCAGUCUGCCUACAGAGGAAUGCAAGCUAGAAAAGAGGCUCGCAUAUUAAGAUCUGUGAUAACAAUUCAGUCAAGUUACCGUGCUUAUGUUGCCCGAAAGAGAUUUAAAAACUUAAAAAAUGCAAUAGUGAAGAUUCAAGCUUUUGUAAGAAUGAGACAAGCACACAAGCAGUACUGUAUAUUAAGGAAGGCAGUGCUGUACGUCCAGCGAAGAUAUCGAUCUCAUAGAUAUGUACUUCAACUUAAAGAAGAUUAUAGGAAAUUAAAGGGAGCUUGCAUAAAAGUUCAAGCUGCAGUUCGAGGCUAUCUCAUCAGGAAAAAAGUACGAAGGUGGAAGAAGAUGGUAAUAUUUCUCCAGGCACACUACAGAAUGAGAAGGGACAGGCAACGUUAUUUAAGCAUCUACCAUGCUGUUGUCGUCAUUCAAAAGCACUAUCGUGCAUACCGAAGGCAGCUCUGUCAGCGGCAGGAAUUCUUGCAGAUUAAAAAAGCAACUGUGUGCUUACAAGCAGCCUACAGGGGCUACAAAGUGCGCAAAGCUUUUAAACUUAAAUACAUAGCUGCUAUUACAAUUCAGACUGCUUUUAGGGCUCAUGCUGCGAGAAUGAAAUUUCAGGCAAUGAUUCAAGCCUCCGUUGUGAUUCAGAGGUGGUACAGAAUCGGCAAGAUUGGUAACAGGCAACGACUCAGCUUCUUAACCACUAGAGCAGCCGUGCUUUCUUUACAGGCAGCUUUUCGUGGUUGGAAAGUACGAAAAGAGAUUCAAAGGCAGCACGUUGCUGCGACUGCAUUACAGUCUGCCUUCAGAAGAUUUAUGGCUCGGAAAAGAUUCAGACUUACCCGCCAUGCUGCGCUAACUCUCCAGCAGCAUUACAGAGCCAGAGUUACGGGACGGAAACAACGGCAAGAGUAUGUUGAGCUGCGUAACUGUGUAGUAUGUCUCCAGGCCCUAUGGAGAGGGAAAACUGAGAGAAGGCAAAUUCAAAAGAAGCAUAAUCUUGCAACAAUUAUUCAGUCCUAUUACAGAAUGCAUUUAAAUCAACAAAGAUUCAAGAAACUAAGACAAGCAACUGUAGUGAUUCAGAGGUACUUCAGAUCUUACUGUAGGAAAAAAACCCAACGUGUGCUUUAUCUAAAAAGAAAGGCUGCUGUGUUAGUCUUGCAGUCUGCUUACCGUGGGAUGACUGUGAGGAGACAAUUAAGCAAACUAAGCAAAGCCGCUACAGUUAUACAAGCAGCCUUCAGAUCUUACCUGGUAAAAAAGGAGUAUGUAGCACUUAGAUCUGCAGCUGUUGUGAUUCAAAGGCAUUAUCGUGCAGUUAUGCAUGCUAAAUGUCAAAAGCAAGAAUACAUGUCUUUAAAGAAAGCCACAGUUAAAAUGCAAGCUAUUUAUAGAGGUGUAAAAGUUAGACAACAAAUUCACCAUAUGCAUCAAGCAGCUAUUUCUAUUCAGGCCAUGUUUAAGAUGCAUCGCAUAAAUGUUAGAUACCAGGCAAUGAGAAUGGCAGCAAUUAUAAUUCAAAGACAAUAUAGAGCAUUUUGUUUAGGCAGAAUACAACGUAAGAAGUACUUGGAGCUAAAGAAAUCUUCUAUUAUCCUUCAAGCUGCGUGCAGAGGCCUGAAAGUUCGACAGGACCUGAAAACUAUGCAUCGCUCAGUUGUGGUAAUACAGUCUUAUUAUCGAAUGCACAGGCAACGAAGAGAUUUCAGAAGAUUGUUAGUAGCAACUAGACGGAUUCAGCAGUGGUUCCGUGCUUGUAAGGAACGAAACGUACAGGUUCGCAACUAUAUGAUUGUGAAAAAGGCUGCACUUUGUAUCCAGGCUGCAUUCCGUGGUAUGAAAACAAGACGACUUAUAAGAACUAUGAGUGCAUCUGCUCAGCUUAUUCAAAGAAGAUUUAGAACUUUUCUGAAAAGAAAACAUUUUGUUUCCCUGAAGAUAGUUGCUAUUACAAUUCAGAGAAAAUACCGAGCAACAAAACUAGCAAAAAAUCAACGUCAAAAAUACCUCUCUCUUCUUAAUGCUGCUGUUAUCAUACAAUCUGCCUAUAGAGGCUUUGUGGUCAGGAAAAAAAUACAGCAGAUGCAUCGAGCUGCUACAGUUAUCCAAGCAACAUUACGGAUGCGUAAAAUUUAUAUUUCCUAUCAUGCUCUCAGGCUUGCUUCAGUAAUCAUACAGAAGCAUUAUCGUGCUUACAGGAAAAGGAAACAGGUGAGAGAAAUAUACUUAAAGUUGUGCAAUUCUGUUCUACUUCUUCAGGCUGCUUUUAGAGGAAUGAGAACAAGAUACUUCUUGAAGAAAAGACAUGAGGCGGCACUUACAAUACAAAAAAACUAUCGGAUGUACAAGCAAUGUCACCACUACAGAAAGGUUCAGUGGGCAGCUCAACUAAUACAGAAGAGGUACAGAGCCAAUAACCUGAAGAAUAUUGCAGUACAGCAUUUCUCUUCACUGAAGAAAGCAGCAAUUUGUAUUCAGAAGGCGUUUCGAGACAGAAGGGCAAAAAAACAACAUCAGGAAAUGCAUUGUGCUGCUAUUAUUCUUCAGAAAAAUUUUAAAGCAUAUAGGGAACGUCAAAGAUACCUUUCUCUUAAAGCAGCUACUACAGUCUUACAGAGAAGAUACAGAGCUUUGAUUUUGUCAAGACAGCAUACUCGGGAGCAUCUUUCUCUUUGCCAAGCAGCUGUUUGUUUACAGGCUGUAUACAGAGGUAUCAGAGUGCGGAAGAAUAUUAAGCAUAUGCACUUAGCUGCUAGGAAAAUCCAGGCAGCCUAUAGAAUGCACAGGAGUAAAAGGUCCUAUCAAAAUAUAAGAAUUGCAGCUAUUGUUAUACAGAAUUACUACCGAUUCUACAUUAAAGGAAAGAAUCAACGAAAUAAAUAUCUGACAGUUAAGAGGUCUGCUCUUGUUAUUCAGGCAUCAUACAGAGGCAUGAAGGAACGAAAGAAACUGAAAAUAAUGCAUGUCUCAGCAACUAUAAUACAGUCCAGUUAUCGCAUGUAUAUACAACAUAAGUACUAUAAACAGUUGCACUGGGCUGUCAGAGUUAUACAACAAAGGUUCAGAGCCAAAAUGGCAAAAGAAGCUGAUGCAAAAAACUAUGCAAAAGUAAAAAGGGCUAUCCUUUGUAUUCAAUCAGCUUUUCGUGCUAAAAGAGCAAGGCAGUUGCAUAAAAUGAUUGUGGCUGCACGACGUGUUCAGUCAUUUUUACAAAUGAGUGCGCAAAGGAAGCGUUUUCUCACAAAAAAAGCGGCAGCAAUAAUCAUUCAGUCUGUGUUCCGAUGCCAAAGGACAAAGACUCGCUAUAAAUUGAUUCGGAGUUCAACAGUGGCUAUUCAGAGGUGGUACAGAGCAUGUCGUAUGGCUCGUUUACAGCAAGCGGAAUAUGCUUUACAAAGGCAAGCAAUAAUAACUAUUCAGUCUGCCUGUCGUGGAAUGAAAGCAAGAAAAAUGGCAAGAGAAAUACGAGCUGCAAGAAAGAUUCAGUCUUUUCUUCAAAUGGCUGUACAUCAUGGAAGAUUCAUUCAACUUAAAACAGCAGCUAUUACAUUGCAAGCCUAUUACUUAAUGCGUAAAACUCGUUCAGAGUAUGUGAGAUAUAAGAAAGCGGCAGUUGUCUUACAGCGAUGCUACCGAUCCCGUUUGACUGUGAAAUGUCAAAGAACAUCUUAUUUACAAACCCGGAAGAAUAUUAUCAUAGUGCAGGCUAGAGUCAGGGGAUUCAUUGAAAAGAAGAGAUUUCAUAAAAUUAAAGAAAGUGCAAUAAAAAUUCAGGCAUUUUUCCGUGGGUCUAUUCAGAGACGGCAAUACCUGCAGUACAAGUCUUCUGCUGUACUGAUACAGCAGCACUACAGAGCCCAUCAGAUGCGAAAUGUUGAAAAACAAAGAUAUUAUCAAAUGAGAACGGCUGUCAUUAGGAUUCAGGCAUCAUAUAGAAGACUUAAAGCCAAGCAGUUUGCUGACAAAAUGAGAGCAGCACGAGUAAUUCAAGCCUGGUUUCAAGGCUACAAAGCACGAAAAGAAUAUAUGUCUGUGGUAAAAGCUACUUAUGUUAUUCAGAGUCAUUUCAGAGCAAAACAGCAGAGGAUCUGGUUUCUGACAGUGAAGGUCUGUACAAUUACUAUUCAAAGAAGAUGGAGAGCAACCCUUACUGCAAGAACAACUCGCUAUCAAUUUCUGGCAGCUCAGCAAGCUGUAGUUAAGAUCCAGUCGACGUAUAGGCAAUACAGGGCUAGAAGAUUAGUAAGAAAGAAACUUCAAGCUGCACUUUUGAUCCAAGCAACAUACAGAGGCUUUAAGGAGAGAAGGAAAUUUAUUCAACAAAAAGCUGCUGCUGUCAUCAUCCAGAAACAUCUGCGGGCUUGGCAGGAAGGCAGGCUUCAGUUUGUAAAAUACAACAAAACUAGAAGGGCUGUUAUUAGACUACAAGCAUUCAUCCGAGGUUAUUUAGUCAGAAAAAAGAUUUCAGAACAGAAACAAAACAAGAGGUUACUUUACUUUACAGCAGCUGCAUAUCAUCAUGUUUCUGCAAUUAAAAUUCAAAGGGCAUAUAGAAUUCACCUUGUCUUAAAACUUGCGCAAAACAAGAUCUCUUCUGUUCUAGUAAUACAGAGAUGGUUCCGAGCAAAAGUACAGCAAAAAAGAUUUCAAAGAGAUUAUCAAAGAAUCAUUCAAUUACAAGGAAUGAUUAGAGUCUGGCUAAAGCGCAGAAGUGACGCAGCAACCAUAAUUCAACGAAAUGUACGAAGGUUCCUUGUCUGCAGGCGUAGCAGAAAAUUUGUAGUUGGAAUAAUUAAAUUGCAGGCAUUGUGGAGAGGAUAUUCUUGGAGAAAGAGCAAUGACACAGCAAAAACUAAAGCUUUAAGACGUAGUUUGGAAAAGGCUAAUGAAAAGAGCAGAGAAGAAAACAAAUUAUGUAACAGAACUGCAAUUGCAAUUGAAUAUCUUCUAAAAUACAAACAUCUUUCUUAUAUUCUUGCAGCAUUAAAGCAUCUAGAGGUGGUUACCAGAUUGUCCCCACUCUGCUGUGAAAAUAUGGCCCAGAGCAAAGCAAUUUUCACUAUUUUUGUUUUGAUACGAAGUUGCAACCGCAGUGUUCCAUGUAUGGACGUGAUCAGAUAUUCAAUUCAAGUUCUACUUAAUGUUUCAAAGUAUGAAAGAACAACUCAAGCAGUUUAUGAAGUCGAAAAUUCUAUAGAUACGUUACUAGACCUAUUGCAAAUGUACAGAGGGAAAGCUGGGGACAAAAUUUCAGAGAAAGGAGGAAGUAUUUUCACAAAGACCUGUUGCUUGCUGGCCAUCCUUUCAAAGGACUCAAAGAGAGCUUUGGAAAUUCGAAGCAUACCAAGAGUAAUUACUUGCAUUCAAAGCCUCUAUAAACUUACAGCUCGUAAACACAGAAUGGAUGUUGAAAGAACACUUGUGAAACAAAAAGCAAACACUUGCAUUAGUGGAACUUCCUUUGUUCCCAUAACUCCUGUAAGAACAAAAACAGUUUCGAGAAUCAAACCAGACUGGGUUUUGAGGAAAGAUAAUAUGCAAGAAAUUGUGGAUCCUCUGCAAGCAAUUCUGAUGGUGAUGGAUACACUUGGUAUUACCUGCUACUGAAAUGUAAAUUAUGUAUAUGAAAAUGCGCUUGUACAAUAUGUAUGUAGCAGACAGGUAAAUGACCUGG